AUGACUACAAAAGACGACGAGAACACUGUCACGCCUAUCAGUCUCUGCAAGGUCACGAAUCCUCAGAGACCGAAUUCGAAUUCUAUAUCAUAUCCAAGCCCUCCGACUUCAACAUCCCAAACGACAGGCGUGUCUGGUGAAAAGGUUUGUCCAAACACAGCCCUUGGCUCCCCUCCUCUCAGUCCUCCGCCGACCCCUCUUCGAAAGUCAACAGCACCGCGUGCUCAUGAGAAGCAAACUGCCGAGGAAAAGAUCGAUGCUGCAACUCUGAGGGCUAGUCUGGGCAUCGACGAUAAGCGGUGCGGGGCUCCAGCAAAAACAGGGAAGCCUUGUCGGUGUUUGUCACCGGCCGUCAACAGAGCCGCGGUCACUUCUCAGCUAGACUCGAUAACAGGCCUUACGCAGUCAUCUGUGGAACUCGAGGACGAGCUCGAUAAGCUUGCUAAGCUUGUGCACUGCAAGUACCACGAUAAUGGUCUCCCAAAAAAGAAUCGGAUCGAAACCUGGAUACGGGUAUUUCCCGUCGGAGAAGAAGAUGCUGCCAUGUUGAUCGAAAAGAAGAUUCGAACACUUUUGGAUCUAGAGUCUUCCCAGUGUAUAGCAGUAGUCGAUUGUACAGACCUGCGCUGUAGGGAGAAAAUCGGAGGGCAACGGGUAUCGAACUGCGCAUCUACGAUUGAUGAGAUCGUCAAGCAGGAGGUCUAUUCGAAUACGUCCUAUCUAAACGGAUUGCUGAAAGUCCUUGAGACGAAUAUGUACUGUCCCAAGCACAUAAAAGAGAGACCGUUGCAAAAGGUCGCAUCAUGGAGGUCGACCAUUGAGGGAUUCCUUCCGGAGAAGACUGUCAUGUUGCUUGAGGGCGGUGUACACAACGAGGCCGGAGAUGCCUCCAGUAUCCCAAAGACGGGUUACAUCGCCGAAAGCGUCUCGGCCAGUGAGGGUGACAGCCCUACUUCAAGGAACAUAAGCUGGUCGAUUCCCAACUUCGAUCGAGACUUGAGCACAUAUUGGCCAGUCACAUACAACACCUCAACCUUCGACAUAUUAGAGGAGAGUACAAGACCUGAUGACUAUGAAUCUUCGUAUAAAAUGAUUAAAGAAGAAAUGAAUAAGCCCCUCGAGGAUGAGGAUAUACAAAAAGGAUAUGUUUAUAUGUACGAGGUUGAAGGAAAUCCAGGAUUUGUGAAGAUUGGAUACACAACUCAGUCCGUGGAGAAGCGCCUUCAGGAUUGGGAGUUCAAGUGUAACAGGGCCACUAAAACCCUAUACCCCGUUCCGUUAGGCACUGCCACAGCCAUUCCUCACGCCAAGCGUGUUGAGGCAUUGUGUCACACCGAGUUAGACCAUCGAAGAAUCAGGAUCUAUUGCAACUGUUGCUUGACCCAGCAUUUGGAAUGGUUCAGGAUUUCAUCUACAGAAGCCAUUACGGUAAUUCAGAAAUGGUCUAAUUGGAUGACGACAAGUCCCUACAAGAGUUGGUUAAGAAACAGGGCCAAAUGGACGAUUAAAGAGGAGGAGAGAGUAAAAGCGAAUGAUAUGAAUAGGUUCCUGAUGGAUAUUUCGGAAUCCAUUCAAUAG